AAGAACAUUGGUAGUGCCAAAGUAAGAAGAAGUAAAAUUUUUGUUUACAACAAAUUGUAAAUUAGACAAAACCUUCGCCAUUUGCCAUCGUUGUCUUGCAACAUACUUUUUUUAACGCUUUCUUGACUAAGUUUUUAUUUAAUUCAGAUUUAGCGUUCGUACAAAGACUCGAAGAAAUUGAAUAUGUCUAUUUUAGCGGAACAAAGAGAUCAUAUGGUGUAUACGGCCAAAUUAGCUGAGCAAGCUGAGCGUUAUGAUGAAAUGGCUGAAAUUAUGAAAGAUUUUGCAAAGUUAAAGAAAGAUUUAUCUGUAGAGGAGCGAAAUUUACUUUCGGUUGCAUAUAAAAACGCAGUUGGUGCACGGCGCGCAUCAUGGAGAGUUAUCGCAGCAGUAGGAGCGAAGCAAAUAGAAAAAGGGAAUGAGAAACAAGUUGAAAUUAUUGUUAACUAUCGUAUGAAAGUUGAAAAUGAAUUGACCAAAAUUUGUGAGGAUAUAUUGGGUUUAUUAGACGAUUAUCUUAUUGAAGCUUCAGCUACAGCUGAGUCUAAAGUUUUUUAUUUUAAAAUGAAAGGUGAUUAUUAUCGAUAUAUUGCCGAAUUUUCAUCAGAUGAAAAAAAGAAGAAUCCAACACAGCAUGCAAAAGAAGCUUAUGAAGAGGCUACACGCAUUGCUGCUGUGGAACUUCCUUCAACUCACCCUAUACGCUUAGGACUUGCCUUAAAUUAUUCAGUAUUCUUUUACGAGAUUGUUGGAAAACCAGCUGAAGCAUGUCAAAUGGCUCAAAAGGCAUUUGAAGAUGCCAUUGCUGAACUUGAUAAUGUAUCGGAAGAAUCGUAUAAAGAUUCUACGCUUAUUAUGCAAUUACUCCGUGAUAAUUUAACUUUAUGGACGUCAGAUGGUGCAGCAACAGAAAAAGAAUCUCAUCAACCUGCGCAACCGAGUGAUACUGCUGCACCUCCUGCACCAGAACAAUUCUCUGGUAAUACGCCCUCCUAAAUUUCAACUCUAGACGGUCCUUAAUAUCACUUUGUAUUUACGUUUCUUUUUUCUUUUUUUCUCGUGUUUUAUCACGUUACCUAUUUUUGAGAAUAAAACAAUACAAAGAGAAAGAGGAAAAUUAAUAGACAGUAAAAAAUACAGUGUUUAAAAUUUUUUUUUCUGUUGCUGAAAAUAUUUAACAAAAUUUUUGCAUUUUGUCGAAUUCAAAUAACGACUAUUACUACUUUUUGAAAUUACAAAAAUAAUAAUUUUCCAUUA